CGAGUUGUGUUUGUGUAAUUUUUAUACAAGAAGUGAUAAUAUUACGUUUUUAUUUAAAGCAAAAUAUAAAUAACCAUCUAAACAAAAUCUAGAAAUAUUUAUAAAAGUGUAAAUGAACGUUUGUGAUAAUUAAUAACUUAUAUAAAACGCUAAUAUGAGGUUUCAAACUAAUCGGUGACAUAUAGAAAAAUUCUUACCUAGUUGGACUCGAACAAAUCGUGUUGAUCACGAAUAAAAGAUAUUUAAACAACGUCAAAAAAGUGUUUCUCGUCUAAAUCUAACAAUAUUCCUAUUAUUUCUCCCCCCAGUGUGAUAAAUGAAAGCCCUCCUGUGAAUAACUGCAUAUGGCGACCGAAAUUUUUCCGUCGCCCUAGAAUUAAUUUUAUUCAAAUCAAACAAAAUAAUGUCAUUGUCUUUUGUUAUUAAUUACUCAUACGAAGAAGGAUCGCCAAAAUGAAUGGUUCCUACCUAAAUAUUAGGAACCACAACACAAUAAUCGAUUCUUUCAUCUGCACUUAACUGAACAUUUGAAGCCAUGGCUGAAGUAAAGGAACAUCUCGGUAGCCAAAACAGUAAUUCAGGGGUACCAGGAUCCAAGAGAUUUCAGCUUCUGGAAUCGAUGAUCCUGGACAGCCCUGUGAAUAAAUCGGUCCUGCACAACAACUCGGCCAUUUCGAACAAACAAGCAAGCAAUAAUUCAACCGAAUGCAAUAACAAAAACGAUCACUUCAACAAUAUGAACCAUGGAAAAAUGAUUUCUAUAGAAAGCCUUCUGGACGCCUUGCUGGUGCUGUAUGAUGAGUGCUGUAACUCUUCGUUGAGAAGAGAGAAGACUGUCUCGGAUUUUAUAGAAUUAGUGAAACCUAUUGCGCAAAAUAUCAAAUCAUACAGGCUAUCAAGAGAGGAUUUCGAAGUAAUAAAAGUUAUAGGACGAGGCGCUUUUGGCGAAGUUUGCGUCGUAAGAAUGAUCCAGACACGAAAAGUUUAUGCUAUGAAGAUUCUUAAUAAAUGGGAAAUGCUGAAAAGAGCCGAAACAGCAUGUUUUCGUGAAGAGAGAGAUGUAUUGGUUUUUGGAGAUAGAAGAUGGAUAACGAACUUGCAUUAUGCUUUUCAAGACGACAGCAAUUUGUAUCUUGUGAUGGAUUAUUACUGCGGCGGCGACCUAUUAACUUUAUUGAGCAAGUUUGAGGACAGAUUACCUGAGGAUAUGGCUAAAUUUUAUAUUGCUGAAAUGGUUCUUGCAAUUGCUUCAAUUCAUGAACUUCAAUAUGUUCAUAGGGACAUCAAACCAGACAAUUUGGUUUUAGACGCGCAUGGACACAUUAGGUUGGCCGAUUUUGGAUCCUGCCUCAGGCUAAAUGCUGAUGGAAUGGUUCAGAGCAAUGUAGCAGUAGGUACACCUGACUACAUUAGUCCUGAAAUUUUAAGGGCUAUGGAAGACGGCCAAGGACGAUAUGGAAGAGAAUGCGAUUGGUGGUCUUUGGGGGUGUGCAUGUAUGAAAUGCUCUAUGGAGAAACACCAUUCUAUGCUGAAAGUUUAGUAGAAACUUAUGGGAAAAUAAUGAAUCAUCGAAACUGUUUUGAUUUUCCUGCUGAUUCGGGUAUAGAUGUUUCUGAAAAUGCUAAAGAUCUCAUAAGAAGGCUUAUUUGUGCACCUGAGUUCAGACUGGGACAACAUGGAAUUCAGGAUUUUAAGACUCAUCCUUGGUUUGAAGGUGUUGAUUGGGAUAAUAUUCGAAAUGGUGCAGCACCUUAUGUACCUGACGUUUCGAGUCCAACUGAUACUUCAAAUUUUGAUGUUGAUGAUACAGAUAUACGAUUAUCUGAUGCAGUACCACCUACAGCAAAUCCUGCAUUUUCAGGACAUCAUUUACCAUUUAUCGGAUUCACAUUUACCCAAGGAAGUUAUUUAUCAGAUGUAUGUAUGUUGAAGCCUUAUGACUCCAACCAAAUUACAACAAACCAAGCCAAUAAUCUUCAGCAACAACAACAAUUGUCAAAACGUAAUUUACCAUUAAUGGAUAAUCAGUCAAUCUCUUGUAUGCUCGAUGAGAAAAAAUCUUCACCUGAUGGCACUAGAAGACUCCAAGACGAAAUAAAUGUUCUCACAAAGAGAAAUUGUGAAUUGGAAUCUCAAAUUAAAAGUUUUGAGACUACUGGAAAAAUUGAUCAAUUAGAUGCUGCAGAAACUUCUGAUGCAAAAGUUAGAGAGUUGGAAAAGUUCAUUAGGGUUUUGACCCAAGAAAAGGAAGAAUGUAUGAAGGAUAAAUUGGAUUGCUUAGAGAAAUUAAAACAACAGGAUAAAGAAUUAAAAGAUGCCCUGAGCCAACGGAAAUUAGCAAUGACUGAAUAUACAGAAGUUACCGACAGAUUAUCGGAAUUGCGUCAGCAAAAACAAAAAUUAUCAAGACAGGUUCGAGAUAAGGAGGAAGAAUUGGAAGUAGCAAUGCAAAAAAUUGAUAGUUUACGAAAUGAUAUUCGCCGAGCUGAAAAAAAUCGCAGAGAAAUGGAAUCUCGAGUCGAAGAUUCUAUUGCGGAAGCAGGAAAGGAAAGAAAAUUAAGAGAACGGUCAGAAGAAUAUUGUCGACAAUUACAAGAAGAAUCUGAAAGGACUAGAAUGAGAUCGACAAGUGAUUUAAGUAGUUCAAGUGCUUCACUCAAUAAAUCUUCUGACUACGAAAGACUGGAGUUACAAUAUAAUGAAAGGUUGACGCAGCAACAAAUUAGAUUUACUAAAGACCUGACGACUUUACGGGAGCAGCUGAACGAGGCUGAAUCACAGCGUGACAUGUUGCAACGGGAGUUACAAAUGUCUAGAGAAAAAUUAGAUUCUAGUCGUUUGGAGAGCUUGACCGAUUCUGAAGAAGCGAUAGCUGAAUUACAGCGACGGCAUGAUAGAGAAAAGAAAAUGUUGCUAGAAGACAAUAGGAAAUUGCUAGCUGACUUGGAAACAAUGGGCGAAACAGUACGAAGAAUACAGAAUGAACGAAUGCAAAUGGAUAGUGAAUUUGAAGAGUUGCGUAAUAAGAGACAAGCAAUCGGGCAAUGGGAGAGGCAGAUCAGUGAGAUAAUUCAAUGGGUUUCUGAUGAAAAAGACGCACGCAGUUAUUUACAAGCUUUAGCAACAAAAAUGACGGAGGAACUGGAAUAUCUUAAACAUUCAGGUGUUUCCGCGCAAUCAACGGAUAAAAAUUGGAGGAACAGGAGAUCUCAGAAAUUGGAUAAAAUGGAAUUGCUCAAUUUGCAGAGUUCUUUGCAAAGUGAGAUUCAGGCUAAAGCUGUCAUUUCCGAAGAGCUAUCAAGAACCAGAGCAGAUCUUAUUGCUUCCCAAAAAGAUCAACGGGAUUUGAGGCAACGAUAUGAGAUGCUGGCUCAAGAUGUUAAAUGUAAAGAAAUGCAGAUUAAGGACAUGCAGCAUCGAUUAGAAUCUGGAGAAGGAUUCCUAGAACGACCGUCAUCUCAAAUGUCCUACUUGGAUCAUUUUCUAAAAGAAUCUUCAGUAGCCACCAGCACUACGCAAACUUCUACCGUCCAGCAGGCUGGUACGACGCACCAGCACGGAUCUACUCACCAUAAUUCAUCUGUUCAAAAUUUGCAUAGCCCAAGUCUGCAUAGUGUGCAGAACUAUGGUAUACCAGCUUUUCCGGUAACUAGCCAACACCCACCGAAUUCAGGGCAAUUGCAAUCGCCGAAUAUUUCGUCGACUUUGCAUUUGGGUCAAAGCAUGGAAAGUGAAGAUGGAGACAUUGAAGAUAACAGAGCUUUAUCCUUGAGCAGUUCAAAAUCUAAUUUAUCUGAAAUUUCAGUGGAACAUAAUUCGAUGCACAUGAUGCCAAGUAUGAAACAAAAAGUUCAUCAAUUUUUGGUACGGACGUUUAGCAGUCCCACGAAAUGUAACCAUUGCACAUCUUUAAUGGUCGGUCUAACACGUCAAGGUGUUGUCUGUGAAUUAUGCGGAUUUGCAUGCCAUAUGACAUGCUGCCAAAGAGUUCCAACACAAUGUCCAGUACCACCCGAUCAAACAAAAAGGCCACUUGGAAUCGAUCCGACAAGAGGAAUUGGAACUGCCUAUGAAGGCUAUGUGAAAGUUCCAAAACUUGGUGGUGUAAAACGCGGCUGGAUUAGGCAAUUUGUGGUUGUCUGCGAUUUUAAAUUAUUUCUUUAUGAUAUCUCAUCUGAUAGAAGUGCUUUACCAAGUGUGCAUGUGUCACAAGUUUUGGAUAUGCGUGAUCCAGAGUUUAGUGUAGCUGGUGUACGAGAAUCUGAUGUCAUACAUGCUGCUAAGAAGGACAUUCCUUGCAUAUUUAGAAUUAGUACAUCUUUACUAGAAAAUGGUCCAAGCAGUCAUACGUUGAUGUUAGCAGAUACAGAGAGCGAAAAAACAAAAUGGGUUGUUGCGCUAAGUGAACUUCAUAGGAUAUUGAAAAGAAAUAAUUUACCUAAUACUGCAAUGUUCCGGGCACGUGAGCUUUUAGAUGGUACAUUAUCAGUUGUUAAAAAUGCUUUGUGUUCUCAAAUAAUCGAUCCUGAUAGGUUACUGUUAGGAACUGAAGAAGGAUUGUAUUGUUUGGAGCUAGACAGAAGCGAAAUUGCUCGAAUUGGAGAAGCAAAAAAAGUGCACAUGUUGACACAAAUUGCAGAGGAACAAUUAUUAGUAGCUUUAUGUGGACGACAAAGGCAUGUGAGGCUGGUGCCAAUUAGAGCAUUAUAUAAUACAGAUGUUGAUUGGAUUAAGGUGGCGGAGACCAAAAAUUGUAUAACAUUUACAACUGGGAUGAUAUCUCGAAACCCUACUGCAUUUUGUUUAGUUGUUGUUGUAAAACGACAAAAUAAUUCUCAAAUUUUAGUUUAUGAAAUUAAUAGAGCUAAAACUAGGCAUGAGAAAAUCGCUGAGGCUAUAGUGCCUUAUAUUAUUCAAAGCCUUCAGAUAUCAGCAGACCAUCGAUUAAUCGUAGGACACCAAGCUGGGUUUACCAGUUAUUCAUUAAUGUUAGACACACAACCAACAUCUCUUGUACAUCCUGAUAAUCAAUUAUCAACUUUUCUCUGUUAUUCUGGUGUUGAUGCUUGGAAAGUUGUGGAAGUUUCUAAAGGAGAAUCACUCCUUGUUUUUCAAACUUUAUCUAUAUAUGUAGAUAGUAUUGGCAGGAAGUCAAGGGAUAGAGAGAUCAUGUAUCCUGCUGUGCCAACUGCUAUCACAUACUGUGAUGGCCAUCUACUAGUCUUCAGUGAGACACAUAUAGAUGUUUUCAACUGCCAGACUUCAGAAUGGGUCCAAAGCAUCGGUUUGAAGAAACCUAAACCAUUAAAUUUGCAAGGAAACUUAGUUUUAUGUAUUCUGAACGACGCUCCUUGUGUUGUUUACAUGGCCAGCGUUCAUACAAGGGACCAGCUAAACAUGUCUUGGUGCGAACGAAGCGACUCCAGGGGGGGCAAACCGCCGAAACGAAGAUUCUCGCUGCGCGAGAGUAAUAGGUCUCAAAGGGCCGCAGCAACUGAUCGCAGGUCGAAAAUGAUUUCAGCUCCCACGAAUUUCAAUCAUAUUUCACACAUGGGUCCAGGAGAGGGUAUACAAGUUCAACGUUUAAUUGAUCUACCAACUACCAUAGAGACUGCCGAUCGGGUAACUACAAGGCAUGCUCCACCUCCACCUAGGACUGCUCCUAGACCAGUUUUUCCAUCAUAUAAUGGUUCUAAAAGAACAGCUCCAUUGAGACCGAGGGAACAGCCACCCAGUUUGCCUCGAUCACCAGAUAGAAAUUCUGAGUUAAGAAUGCAUACGGAUAGGGAUUCUCAUUCGCCACCUAGUCUUGGAUCUAUGUCUAGUUUACAUGAUAUACUAAAGGUAGUAGACAUGGCCAGUGGGUCUCGACACAGCGUUGCAAGCAAUAACAGUUCUUCAGUCAGCACUCCUCCUUCUCCAGUUGCAGAUCGGCAUUCGUCAUCAUAUGAUUCAUGAUCGUAAGUUUUAAUCCAAAAUUUUAACAUUAUGAUCAGCCAAUGAGACAAAUUAAACAGCCUGCAUAAUAUAAUUUUAAUUCUGUCAAGUUAAGGAAUAUUGCGGCAUAUUAUAACUAAGAACUCAUGCAUUUACUUAUGUUGCCAAUUAGCAAUUUAUAAUAAAAAGUAAUAUUUUUCUUUAUUAAUUAGAGAUCACCAAUUUAUUCAAAUACCAUGACUUUUUCUGAAACUAUGCACUAUUAUAAGUGAUCUUGUGCAAUUGACGCUUAAUUAUAGAUUAUUUAAUUAUCUAUAGGUCCAUAUUGAUUAUUGAUACUACGAGACUUUUAAAAUUAACCAGAAAUGCAUGUUUCUAUACUUAAUCGAUAUAUACUUUUGCAUGAACUUGUAAAGACACAAAAUUUACAUGGUUUAACUCUAAAAUUAUAAGCGGUCGUACGAAUUCAAAAGUUUAAUCAAA